GCAGGACAACUACGAGACGGUGACCUCGCUGGGGCGUGCUGGGAUGAUGAGUGAGAACGAGGAGGAGAAUCCACAGCGGGAAGGUGGUGAGGACGUGGGUCUGCAGGGAACGGUAUUGGGAAGAUCCAAGCAGAAUUUUUAUAAGAAUCAUAAACCAGGAAAAACCUGCGAAAACCAGCGCAGGUCGGCGAGGCUGCUGGGAUAUGACCCAGGGAAGAAAACGUGUGAACCCAUAAAUGAUGGUGGAGAUUGCAAGGACCUCAAGGAAACCACAGCCCAGCAGAGAAUCCCUACAAAAGAGAGAAAAAACACAUGCACCGAGUGUGGGAAAAGCUUUAUUAGGAGGUCACAUCUUAUUUCCCAUCAGAGGAUCCACACUGGAGAGAAACCGUAUAAGUGCCUUGUCUGUGGGAGAGGUUUCAGCCAGACCGCACAUCUUAUUUCACAUCAGAGGAUCCACACGGGAGAGAAACCCUAUAAGUGCCUUGAUUGUGGGAAAGGUUUCAUUCAGGGUUCACAUCUUCUUAGGCACGAGAGAACCCACACGGGUGAGAAACCCUAUAAAUGCCUGGAGUGCGGGAAAAGCUUCAUUCAGAGCUCGGAUCUUAUUUCACACCAGAGAACCCACACAGGAGAAAGAGCCUAUAAGUGCCUUGACUGUGGGGAAAGUUUUGAUUGGAACAUGCAGCUUGUUAGACAUCAGAUGCACCAUACAGGAGAGAAACCCUACAAAUGCCUGGAUUGCGGGAAAGCAUUUAGUGACAGUUCAGCCCUUAUUAUUCAUCAGAGACUCCACACGGGAGAGAAACCCUAUAAAUGCCUUGACUGUGGGAGAAGAUUCAAUCAGAACUCACUCCUUACUAGACACAAGAGAACCCACACUGGAGACAAACCCUACAAGUGCCUGGACUGUGGGAAAAGUUUCAAUCAGAGCUCAUACCUAAUUGCACAUCAGAGAACUCACACAGGAGAGAGACCCUAUAUAUGCCCUGAGUGUGGGAAAAGUUUCAGUUGGAGCUCAGAUCUGACGGCACAUCAGAGAACCCACACAGGAGAGAGACCUUAUAAGUGCCUGGAAUGUGGGAAAAGAUUCCUUCAAAGCUCAAAUCUUAGUGUGCACCUGAGAAUCCAUACGGGAAAAACACCCUAUAAAUGCCCUGACUGCGGGAAAAACUUCAGUCAGAGUUCAAACCUGACUAGACACCAGAACACCCACAUGGCAGGAAAAACCUCAUAAAUGCCUCAACUGUGGGAAAAUGUUUAGUGGUAAAGCACAAUUUAAUACUCAUCAGAGAACCCACCCUGGAAAGAGACCCUAUAAAGGUAUUGACAGUGGGUGAACGUUUAAUGACAAAGCACACCUUAGUAUACAUCAGAGAACCCACACACAGGAGAGAAGCCCUAUAAAUACCUUUACUCUGGGAAAACUUUUUUUCAGAGCUCAGGUCUUAUUUCACAGCACAGCAUCCACAUGGGAGAGAAACCAUAUAAAUGCCAGGAGUGUGGGAUAAAUUUCAAUCAUAAGUCAAACCUAAUUCGACAUUAGAGGAUCCAUACAGGAGAGACACCUUAUAAAUGCCCUGAGUGUGGGAAAGAAUUUAGUGACAAGUCACGCCUUAUGGGACAUCAGAGAAUCCACAUGGGAGAUAAACCCUGUAAAAGCUUUAUUCAUCCCUCACAUCGUCUUGUGCAUCACCAAAUCCGUUCAGGAGAAACACCCUAUUGGGAAAAAGUUCAAACCUGACUAGGCACCAGAGAAUCCACAUGGGAGAAAUCGCCAUAAAUGCCUCGACUGUGGGGAAAAAGUUGAGUGACAAGUCACCACUUAAUACACAUCAGAGAACCCACGCUGGAGAUCGUGCCUAUAAAUGGCUGGAUUGUGGGAAGAGGUUCACUCAGAGUUCAGUUCUUAUUUCACGGCAGAGGAUCCACAGCGAACGCAGAGAUGCUUUGAAUGUGGGAAAUGUUUCAUUCAGAACUUUUUACACGUCACAGCCCCUCCUCCCUGCUGCAGCCCUGGCUGCUGGGCCGAGGGGCCUUUCUGCCGCCGAGAGUUGUCUAGAGCAGGAAAACUGGUCAGGGUUGGUAGCUGGCACGUUUAUCCCUGACCUGGACCAAACCUCCACCACUUCUAGUCUAGACCAACCCCCAGCAUCUCAUUUAUACAAUGGUCCCAAUCUAAGUUCCCUGUAAGCUGCGCAGCCACCCAGCAAGUUAUCAAGUGCCGCACACUACAGGUGCCCCUCCCCACACUGUCACCCUGCUCCUGCCCUCUGCCUUGGAGCUGCUCCCAGGAGCCUCCUGCUUGCUAUGCAGAG